AUGGACGGGCUUCGAAGACAGACCGUUGGUUAUCCCAUGCAUCCUGAGGACGGCCUGAAACAAUAUGUCCAAAGCGAAAAUUCAAGAACAACCUCAGAGGUAGUAGAGCGCAAUUUCGACGCUGAAGAUGAAGAUUCAGACCCGGAAUCUAUGUCUUAUUCCAGCGAAGAAGAGGAUCGAGGCUCAUCAGCUUUUCUAAAUCUCGAUCACGUCCAUUCGUUUAUGUCUAGUGGGGAUACUUUACCCAACCGGCGUGAUCGCUUAAAAUCAUUUUUGGAACCCAAACCAGCCAAGGAAAAAGAAUUUCCAAUUAUCGAAAGAUCGAUUCAGUUUCCAAAGAAUGAUUCCGCGACGCAAAGUGAAGUUGCUGAGGAUAUAAACGAGGAAAGAAGUUACGGCCGCAUAGAUUCUUCUCAUGUACAAUGGAACUAUCUCGCCAAUAUUCAAGAUCUAGGGAAUCCAUCAGAAGUCAAACAGCUUGAGCCCGAACCCGACCAGAUGAUGUCUACGGAACAGGAGACGAACAUGGAUUUAGCAUCCGAGCCGUGUAAUAAUGGCAUUGAAAUCUACUUCCUUGAACAAAUACUGAGGGGCUUUCGAGCAAAACUGUCGGGAUUUAUCUCUGGAAUUAUUUACCGUUCUACCAGCUUGUUUCUGGACCCUGCUAUCCCCGCAGGAGCUCAUAGACUGAGGUGGAGUUGUAAGUGCGGGCAUAUGUCUUACGAUGACUUCAUGCAACUUUCAAUAGAUGGUCUCCCACAAAUGUUAGAAGAGCUAAAAAAUUCCGGCUCUGUGACUGCUGCAAGCAUAGAAACGGGUACUGGCAGUACUGCUAAGGGGGCUAGGACUUGGCCUUUGCUGUUAACUCUAGGCCAUCGACUACAACGAUCAAUAUCUCGCAGACUGAAGAAAAUAAGUCUACCAGUCUCCGAAGUUCAGGCACUUUCAACCAGCCAGAGUCCGCACCAACCGAGAGCUGAUUGCAAAUUUCUGCAAGUAUGUGUGGAGAAAGGCCCUUAUUCGACGAGGAUGCAUUAUAUCGAUGUCUGCGAUAAAAAGACCGAUCGGGAUAUUUUUCGCACCCUCAAGAAGGAUUACAAGGUGAUAAGACGUGAGUUAAAUAGCUUGCUAUUCAAGAUACAUAGAAUCGACUUUGUAGAGUUCCAACUAUAUCCAAAAGAACUGGUCGACUCUUUGAUUCCAGAUCGACUACCUCCACCUGCGCCAGAUAACGUCGAAUAUGAAUACCUUCCAAUGCCGCCUCAGACCCAACCACCAGUCCCGCAAAAGCUAAUGAUGCAUCUAUGGCACUGCAGAGAUGAAUUUGCACCGGGCGACUUUUAUUCCAAAAGAUUCCCUAAGAAAAAGAAACAGCCAUGCAAAUUUAUCCUUGAUGACAGCCCUACAGCAAAUCUAGCUUGGGGCCUUCACAUGGUGGAGACUCUAAAUAUGUCUUUAAUUAUAUGGAUUCUAUUUGGUCUUACGGCGGUUUCGGGAUUGAUCUUUUGCAUUUCUUGGAGUCUUUUGAGGAAUGAUGUUUCUGGGGCCUUCACAGUUUCUUCUUAUAUCACUGCUUUGAUGACCUUACUUAUAAUGGCGGUAAUGAGCGUCUUUACUAGAAUUUGAGCAUCGUGUAUAGCUAGUAGUGAU